UCACAGCAACUAUAUCAAUUAAAGUAUAUCAAAUUUAUAGAUUUUAGUGUUUAGACUGUGAUCGUGACACGUAGAAAUCUAUUCAACAAAACAAGAAACUUAACUGAAGAGGCAUGGAUUCAUCGACAAAAGCAGGGGAGAAGCAGGGUCAUGUAGUUUGCAUACCUUACCCUGCUCAAGGCCACAUUAAGGCAAUGUUAAAGAUGGCCAAACUCCUUAACAGCAAAGGCCUUUCAAUUACAUUUGUGAACACAGAGUUCAAUCACAAACGCUUCCUUAAAUCAGGAGGUCUUGAGAAUAUUGAAAGCCUGCCUAGUUUCAGAUUUGAGGCCAUCCCUGACGGCCUGCCUCCAUCCGAUGCUGACGCCACCCAAGACAUACCUGAACUCUGUCGGGCCAUCAUAGAGAACGACAUGUUGCCUGCAUUUCAGAACCUUCUAGCAAAGCUCAAUGCUGGAACUCAUCAGGUCACUUCUAUCCUGUCCGACGGUUUCAUGCCAUUUACAGCUGAUGCGGCACAGUCACUAGGAAUUCCUAUCGUUUUGAUGUGGACAAUCUCUGCCUGUGGAUUCAUGGGAUUUUAUCAGUUCAAAAAUGCCCUUGAACGAGGUAUUAUCCCAUUAAAAGAUGCGAGCUAUUUAACAAACGGGUAUUUGGACACCAUCAUUGACUGGAUACCGGGAAUCCCAGAAAUCCGUUUGGGCGAUCUCCCAAGCCAUAUCAGAAUUACAGAUCCAAAUGAUUUUGUGUUCAAUUUCAUAGUGAAUUCUACUCAGAGAGCGACGAAUGGUACCGCUAAUGUACUUCAUACCUUCGAUGAUUUGGAAGAAGAACUUGUAAAUGCCAUCUCAUCGAUGUUCACCACUGUAUACGCAAUAGGCCCUCAACAGAUGCUCCUCAACCAAAUACCAUCAGAUCAAACAGAGCGUCUCAAGAGCAUCGGAUACAGUCUUUGGAAAGAGGAAACCAAAUGCCUUGAAUGGCUGGACUCAAAAGAAGCUGAUUCUGUCGUUUACGUGAACUUUGGAAGCAUAACAGUCAUGUCUGCAGAGCAGCUUAUGGAGUUUGGUUGGGGGCUUGCUAACAGCAACUGCAGCUUCAUAUGGAUAAUUAGGCCAGAUUUGAUCAUGGGUGAAUCCACAGUUACUUUGGGAGUUGAAUUUUUGGAGGCAAUCAAGAACAGAGGACUUAUUUCGGGCUGGUGUCCCCAAGAGGACGUCCUCAACCACGCGGCAGUGGGAGGGUUCUUGACACAUGGAGGAUGGAACUCAACCAUAGAGAGCAUAUCAGCUGGAGUGCCGAUGCUCUGUUGGCCCUUCUUCGGAGAUCAAACAAUAAACUGCAAGUACAUGUGUGACUGGGAGUGCGGAAUGGAGAUUCGGAAUGAUUGUACUAGAGAUGAUGUGGAGAAGCUGGUUAGGCUACUGAUGGAUGGAGUGGAAGGUAAGAAAAUGAGAAACAAGGCUUUGGAAUGGAAGGGAAUGGCAGAAAAGGCCUGUGCUUCAGAUGGAUCAUCUUCUAAUAAUUUGGACAAGCUGGUUCUUCAUUUGAAGAACUAAAAAUGUGAUACUUUCAUGUAUUGAUUGUUAGCUUGCAAGAUCAAGACUAGCUUCUUAAGUUAUCUGUUGCAUGCAUGUUUGCGCUACUGAUUCAUUGUUAAAUAUCACCAAAAUUCUGUAAAAUAAGACCUAUAUAUGCAUGCAGUGUAUGCGGAUCCUACUCAAGUUGUCUUUAGGAAUUAACUCUCGAUCUAAAUCUUCCAAGAGAAAGUCGAAUGGGUCUCUUGGUUGCUGAUAUGUAAGCAACCCAAAUAUUCAAAGGCAACUGACUCUAUAUUUUGUGAAUCGGAAAAUUAAAUUAUAGGUCCCUGAACUAUUAACGUUUUAUU